CUUAUCGCAGGAACGUUCAAAUAGGAAGUUACGCAAAUCCGCAAAGGAUCCCGAAACCGUUCGCCGAAAGUCGUGACGAUGACGUAGCGACAGCUGUGCAAACUGCACGCCGCGCCGUCGCCGUGACGCAACCGACGAGCCUCCGCCGCUGACUCAGCCGCAGCCCGCAGGCUUAUAACACAAACUCGCCGCCUUCCACACCAUACCUCCACAGACCGUCGAACGAGCAACACGUACCUAAUACAAGUGUCAGUGAUAACUUACGACGUGCAAGUGACUAGCUAACCAGUGAUAUUAAGAUUUGUGAAACUUACAAAAAAAAUGGAGAAGUUAUUCAUGGUUUUGGUGCUUUUUGUGAUUGUGAGGGCGGUGGAGAACAGACAUCACCCAAAGUUUGGCAGGAGUUACGAGGAGCAUGAAGUCCCGCCUUUAAAGAAAGUAUCCUGUAGCAGUGGUUCAAGCGAGAGGAGUGCCCUAAUUGAGGAUGCGCGAUGCGGAGCACCCCGUGAAGUUUUCGUUGUACUGAAACCCAAAGCUGCUCACGAAGAGAUCCAUCCGGGCGCCGUGUGGGUCAAACGCUGCGUCGGCCUCUGCGACCACGUGGGCUCGGACUCCAAAUGCGUUCCUCGCGAGACUACCAUCCGUCAUAUACCAAUAAAGAUUACCAAUAUGAAGACUGGGAAGGAGUCGUGUUCCCUGUACGAGCUGGAGGAGCAUUUGUCAUGCCAGUGCUGCACGGGCAGCCCUGAGAGCUGCGCGGCGAGUGGCCGGGUGUUCAACCCCCGUAAGUGCGCCUGCCAAUGUCCAAAUCUCGAGGAGCGCCGCAACUGCCUCGCUAAGAACCCGAAUAUGCGGUGGAAUCGUUCUAAAUGCGCUUGUGAAGCGCGAAGACGGAUGAGAUAAGUGAUAGAGCCGCGAACAUUCUGGGGCCAAAUUCGACAUGUACAACUGUCAGAUCUUGCAUCCACGUCAAAUCAGUUAAUUUUAUUGCAUGUUGAUUCUAUCAAGUGUUGAUUCGAUCACUUGUGAAUAAUAUCAUUUGGUACAACCAAAACUCAACUCUGAACUCGGGGUGGUUCGGUUGUCACCGAACUGUGGAUUGCUAAUGUCAAAUUUUGACAUUGUACGUAUUCGAGAACUUAUGAUUUUUCCCACAUCAACGGGAGAUCAACACGAUUCGUCAAACGUCGCUUGUCGAAUAGAGGUCCUGAAAGAAAGUCGAAACGAUUAUGAGUUUGACUACAAUAGUGGCGGAGUAACGUGAAAAACUAAAGACUUGUUAAAGUGACCUUAGUUGUAUUGCCGACUGAUAUAAGUGUCUUAUAACAUAAGUAGUCUAAGUCUCAACAGUAUUAAUAGAGUAGGUAAGCUAUUUAUUUUAGGUUUUUUAUAUGGGGCCAAAUGGUGCUGUGAGCUCAAUAUGUUCCGAGACCCUUGGUCUGUAUUUAAUGUUUGCACCGUACGAAUGUUUGUAAGUCUGUUGUUAUGUCUGGUGUUUGAAAAGUAUUUGUCUCCUAGACAUCACUGUGCAGUAUUUGUUUACUAUACCUACUUAAUGGCGUAAAUAUGAUUUACGUAAUUCCUAUGUUGUGAUAUUUAUAGCUAUUCCAAUGUUAGGUUUAAGAUAAUUUACUGUGACUAUUAGGUAAACUUUAAAGUAUUCGGUCUAGUCAUAGGACAUGUACUUAAUUUAUUGAUUUGUAUGAUAUCAGGGAAUGUCUCGAUUUUUUAAAUCAGCUCUCUUAAUUGUGUAAUUUUUGUAUUUAAAUUUUUAGUUCGUGUUGGAGGCCUAGUCCUUGGUGCCAAAGGCAUGUAAUCUCAUAGAUUUAAUUUAUAUGUCAUUAAUUUAUUUAUGAAAUAUUUUAAGCUUCAGAAGCUUUAAGUGAUCGAAUCACAUUAAAUUAAAUAAUAGGUAGUAAAUUUUUGUACUUAAAAUAAGAUCAUAAAUAAAAUUUGUAUUUAUUUUUCUAAA